AUGUCAUGGAUAGGAAUUAAAAAAGCUAUUAAUCGAGCUGGAACUCAAGUUAUGUUGAAAACUGGUCAUAUUGAACAAACUAUUGAUAAAGAAUAUGAAUUUCAAGAAAAACGAUAUCGAACUAUGGAAGAAAAUUCUAUUAAAUUACAAAAAAAUUUACGAUUAUAUUUGGAUAGUUUAAGAUUAUUAACUAAUUCACAAAUAAAUAUUGCUGAAUCAUUAAAUUCAUUUUAUGGAACUAAUAAUGACAAGAGGAGUAGUAAUAUAUCAAGAACUGGAUCAGUAAAUACAGGAGAUAAGAUUCAAACAAUACAUGAAGAAGAAGGAGAAGAAAAAGAAGAAGAAGAAAAUGACAAUACUACUACUACUACUACUACUACUACUACUACUAUCACCACCACCAAUACAACAUAUAAUUAUAAUAAUUUAAUUCAAGAAUAUUAUGCUACAAUAAAACAAUUGAAUGAUUCAUGUAUUGCUAAUCUUGAAAAUCCAUAUAAUCAAACUGUAUUAAAUCCAAUUGCCAGAUUCAAUUCUUAUUAUAUUGAAAUUAAUGAAAUCAUCAAAAAGAGACAUAAUAAAUUAUUAGAUUAUGAUGCUAUGAAAAAUAAACUUCGUAAAUUAAUUGAAAAUCCAACAACAAAUAUAUCACCAUCGAUGAAAACUAAUAUAAUAGAAUUGAAUCAUAAUCAAUAUGAAGAAAAAUUGAAAAUUUAUAAUCAAGAAUUAACAGAAGUAGAAUCAAAAUAUGUGGAAAUUAAUAAUCAAUUAUUAAUUGAAUUACCUAAAUUAAUUAAUCAUCGAAUAAGUUAUUUUGAUCCUUCAUUUGAAUCAUUUGUUAAAAUUCAAUUGAGAUUUUUCAAUGAAAAUUAUCAUGUAUUAAAUCAAUUACAAUUGAAAUUAGAUGCUCAAACAAGACAAGAUUAUAUUGAAGGGAAAUUAGAAGAUAGAAUUGAUGAUGUUUUACGAAAAAUGAAAAAGUUAGACAUCACUAGUGGGUUAGAUUGA